UCGCCGCAGACGGCCCGGAGGCGGUGCAGGCGGGCGGCCAUUUUGUGGCGCUGCUCGGUCGCUGGCGCUGGGGCUCAGCGCGGGGAGCGGGGCCUGAGUGGCGAGUUAGUUUCCUUUCUAACCCACUUUUUUCCCGUACAGGCCCCUCGUCUAAAAGUUGGUUUUAAUUGGUUGCCCACAGGAUUGCCUUGGCUUCUACUACUUGUUAAGGAAAAAAAACACACCUCUCUUGGCAGGUGUGUGUGUUUCAGCGCAGCAUGGCUGUGGUCAUCCGCUUACAAGGUCUCCCAAUUGUGGCGGGGACUAUGGACAUUCGCCACUUCUUCUCUGGAUUGACCAUUCCUGAUGGGGGCGUGCAUAUUGUAGGGGGUGAGCUGGGUGAGGCUUUCAUCGUCUUUGCCACUGAUGAAGAUGCAAGGCUUGGUAUGAUGCGCACAGGUGGUACCAUUAAAGGGUCCAAAGUAACACUGUUGCUGAGCAGUAAAACUGAAAUGCAGAAUAUGAUUGAACUCAGUCGCAGGCGCUUUGAAACAGCAAAUCUAGAUAUGCCACCAGCAAAUGCUAGCAGGUCUGGGCCUCCACCUAGUUCUGGAAUAAGUAGCAGGGUGACUCUUCCUACGACAGUACCUAACUUUAACAGUCCCUCUCCUAGUGUAGUUACUGCAGCUACUUCAGUUCAUGAAAGCAACAAAAACAUACCAACAUUCUCCACUGCCAGUAUGGGAACUGCUCCUCCUAAUAUUGGUGCUACUUUUGGAAGUCCCACCUUUAGUUCCACCAUACCUAGUACAGCAUCCUCAAUGAACACAGUACCACCUCCACCAAUACCUCCAAUUCCGGCUCUGCCAUCAUUGCCCCCAAUGCCUUCCAUUCCUCCCAUCCCUGUCCCACCUCCAGUACCUACACUGCCUCCUGUUCCUCCAGUUCCCCCAAUUCCUCCUGUACCUCCUGUGCCACCUAUGACCCCUCUGCCUCCUUUAUCAGGAAUGCCUCCAAUGAAUCCCCCACCUGUAGCACCUUUGCCUACAGGAAUGAAUGGAUCUGGAACAGCCAUGAAUCUGAGCACUAACUUGAAUCCAAUGUUCAUGAGUCCCAUAAAUCCUAUUCAGAUCAAUUCUCAAAGUGGUGUGAAAUCGCUUCCUAUCAAUCCAGAUGAUCUGUAUGUCAGUGUGCAUGGAAUGCCAUUCUCAGCAACAGAAUCUGACGUGAAAGACUUUUUUCAUGGACUUCGUGUGGAUGCAGUGCAUAUACUGAAAGAUCAUGUAGGACGAAAUAAUGGAAAUGGAUUAGUUAAGUUUUGUUCUCCUCAAGAUACAUUUGAAGCCUUGAAGCGAAACAGGAUGCUGAUGAUUCAGCGCUAUGUCGAAGUUGGUCCUGCAACAGAGAGACAGUGGGUGUCUGCAGGAGGCCAUAUAACAUUCAAGCAAACCAUGGGUCCUUCUGGACAAAAUCAUCCUUCUCCUCAGACUCACUCUAUGUCUAAAUCACCUAAUGGUCAGAAAAGAUCCAGAUCCAGAUCACCACAUGACCAGGGCUUCUGUGUUUAUUUAAAAGGACUUCCUUUUGAAUCUGAGAACAAGCAUGUAAUAGAUUUCUUUAAAAAGCUGGAUAUUGUGGAAGACAGUAUUUACAUAGCUUAUGGACCCAAUGGGAAAGCACUUGGUGAAGGUUUUGUUGAGUUCAGAAAUGAAACUGACUACAAAGCAGCUUUGUGUCAUCAUAAGCAGUACAUUGGAAAUCGUUUCAUUCAAGUACAUCCCAUAACAAAAAAAGCUAUGUUAGAAAAGAUAGAAAUGAUUCGGAAAAGAAUGCAGAACUUCAACUAUGAUCAGCGUGAGAUCAUUAUGAAUACUGAAGGGGAGACUGGCCCUUCUAAACUAUGUGCACAUAUAUCCAAUAUCCCCUACAACAUUACUAAAAUGGAAAUCCUUCAGUUUCUAGAGGGACUGGCAGUGGAAGAGAACUCUAUACAAAUUCUUGUUGAUACUAAUGGGCAAGGUUUAGGACAAGCACUGGUCCAAUUCAAAGCUGAAGAAGAUGCUCGUAAAUCAGAGCGCCUGCAUCGAAAGAAACUAAAUGGGAGAGAUGUUGUGCUAAGAGUUAUUUCCCUUGAAGAAAUGAGAGAAAUUGAGAGAAAUCCUCCCUCCCAGGGGAAAAAAAUGUUGAAAAUGCCAUUGCAAGGGAGUGCACUAAUGCCAGGAGUGCAGAAUGCUGGUGGGGAUAAACAUACUUUCAUAGGUAAUAGCCCCAAAGAUGCAAACAGUGGUCCUCCUUUUCAUUUUCCCAGCAAUUUCAGUGGGUCUAAUGCAUUUGGCCCCCCUCUUCCACCUCCAGGAAUAGGUGGUGGCUUUGGUGAUUCAAGGCCAGGAAUGCCUUCUAUUGGAAAUAGUGGCCUGCCUGGUCUGCCUGGUUCAGGAAUUGAUGUUCCGGGUUUUGGAGGUGGGCCUAGCAAUUUAACUGGGCCAUCAGGUUUCACUGGAGGUCCUCAGAACUUUGGAAAUGGGCCUGGUAAUUUAACUGUUCCUCCUAACUUUGGUAGUGGACCUCCAGGUCUUGGUGGUGCGCUUGGACAUUUAAGUGGACCUCCAGGGUUUGGACCUGGACCUGGAAACUUGCAUAUUGCUGGGCCACCUGGGUUUGGAGCUGGCUCUGGAAAGCCAGGGCCAACUGUCAUUAAAGUUCAGAAUAUGCCCUUUACUGUAUCAGUGGAUGAAAUUUUGGAUUUCUUCUAUGGUUACCAAGUAAUCCCAGGUUCAGUGUGCUUAAAAUACAAUGAAAAGGGCAUGCCAACAGGUGAAGCAAUGGUUGCAUUUGAAUCUCGUGAUGAAGCAAUGGCAGCUGUUGUUGAUCUGAAUGACAGGCCAAUAGGCUCAAGAAAAGUCAAACUUAUGGCGCACUGCGUGACAAAGGUGGAACUGUCCAUAUCAUGCGAUAAUCUGCUUGAUAAAGAUGUUGGCUCAAAAUCUGAUCCUCUAUGUGUCCUGCUUCAAGAUGUUGGUGGAAACCAAUGGACCGAAUUGGAUCGAACUGAAAAAAUAAAGAAUUGCCAGAAUCCUCAAUUUUCAAAGAAGCUGCGAAUUGAUUACUAUUUUGAGAAAGUUCAGAAACUGAAAUUUGGCAUUUACGACAUCGAUAACAAAUCCUAUGACUUAAAUGAUGACGACUUUCUUGGAGGGGCAGAGUGCACCUUGGGACAGAUUGUGUCGAGUAAAACUGUCACUCAGCCUUUAAUGCUGAAGAAAGGAAAACCUGCAGGAAAAGGCACUGUUACGAUUUCUGCAGAAGAGAUUAAAGACACUAGAGUUGUGUCCUUAGAUGUUGAAGCCCGGAAUUUAGACAAAAAGGAUUUUUUGGGCAAAUCUGAUCCAUUUUUGGAGUUUUAUAAGGAAAGUGAUGGUGGAAAAUGGCAGCUUGUCUACCGAUCAGAGGUAAUUAAGAACAAUUUAAAUCCCUGCUGGAGAAAGUUCAGUGUUCCUCUGCAAACAUUCUGUGGUGGUGACUUCAACAAACCAAUGAAGGUGCACUGUUCAGAUUAUGAUAGUGAUGGGUCACAUGACUUGAUAGGCAUUUUUGAAACUAACCUCUCCCAGCUACAGAAGGCAGGUGGCAGCUCUCCGGUGGAAUUUGAGUGUAUUCACCCUGAGAAGAAGAGAAAGAAGAAGAGCUAUAAAAACUCUGGCAUUGUUCGAGUGAAGUCUUGCAAAAUUGAAAUGGAAUAUUCUUUCCUGGAUUACAUCAUGGGAGGCUGCCAAAUUAAUUUCACUGUGGGCAUAGAUUUCACCGGCUCCAAUGGAGAUCCAAAGUCACCAGAUUCUCUUCACUAUAUCAGUCCAAAUGGGAUAAAUGAAUACCUGACUGCCAUCUGGUGUGUGGGGAACGUGGUACAGGAUUAUGACACUGACAAACUGUUCCCUGCCUUUGGGUUUGGAGCUCAAGUUCCUCCAGACUGGAAGGUAUCCCAUGAAUUUGCAUUGAACUUUAACCCUACAAAUCCCUAUUGCCAAGGAAUCCAGGGAAUUGUGGAUGCAUAUCGCCAGGCAUUGCCUCAGAUUCGUCUCUAUGGUCCAACAAAUUUCUCCCCAAUUAUAAAUCAUGUUGCCAGGUUUGCUGCUCAGGCAGCACAGCAAAAUACUGCUUCUCAAUACUUUGUCUUGCUGAUAAUCACAGAUGGGGAGAUCACCGAUCUGGACCAAACCAGGCAAGCCAUUGUCAAUGCCUCCAAGCUGCCCAUGUCUAUCAUUAUCAUUGGAGUUGGGAGCGCUGAGUUCAAUGCCAUGGAAUUCCUUGAUGGAGACGACGGUGUUCUAAAGUCCUUGUCAGGGGAACCAGCUGCACGAGAUAUUGUCCAGUUUGUGCCCUUCAGGAGGUUCCAGAAUGCUCCUCGUGAGGCACUUAACCAGUCAGUGUUAGCUGAAGUUCCUAAGCAACUGGUAUCCUACUUCAAAAUGCUUGGCCUGAAUCCCAUUAAGAUGCCUUCAGAAAAACAGCCAUAAAGCACAAUACCUUUCAUUUACAAGGAAAAGAAUACUGCAUAUAGAGCUUUCCAGUGAAUAGUCCUUUCCCCUAUGUAUUACUCUGCAUUCAAAACAAUAUUUCUGUACUUCCAACAUAUAUUGGGAAUAUGAUAUAUUUGCAGACAGUAUAUAGGAAUACUAGUGCUCUUGGCAGUUCUUAUUAGAAAAUUGACGAAUACCUUAUGGCCAAAUCCAUUUGCAUUCUGUCUACCUGCCCAUGCUGUGCAGCACACAAUCCUAGUGAAGAAUCUUGGGUUUGUUUGUUUUUUAAAAGUCAAGAUCCUAGCCCUUGAUUUAAAAGAAAGCUUUUUUAAUUUUAAUUUUUCUGCUGAAGUUGCAGAACCUGAAUGGAGCUUGGGACAUGGUUUUCAGAAGGUGGUGAAACUUCUUAUAUCACAAAAUGGCUGCUAAUGCUUGCUUCUGUCCCUUGCUGAUUUAUAUCCCAUUCCCAUAUUAUUAUUUAAUCUGCUCAACCCUUCACUGCAUUUUUAGUCAGUUGUGAAGGUUCAUUCAUAACAAAUUAUGAAAACACCAGAUAUUUGUACUAAAAUUACAAAAAAAACCUAAAAGGGGAAAAAUGGCCAGGUAUUCAUGCAGCUCACUAAAAAGAAUUGUCUUGUGAGUGGUUGCUUCUCUCAGUUUAGAAUGUAUUUGAAAUCUAGCUGCUAUAAAGUUUACAUAUAUAGUUAUAUAUUACUUACCAUGUAUUGCUGGAUGGUCUCUUCUGUGUCUAGAAAGAGAAAUCAUUUUGCAUUGAUAUAUACCAAAAUCACUGAUUGCCUUAAUUUCUACUAUGCCUUUAUGGAAUGCCAAUGAAUUUUUUAGUACUUUAUUUACAAUGAAACCUUAAGCUUCAGGUCCCAAAAUCGAAUGCAAAUCAAGAGAUUCUUGCUUCAAAGGUGCUGUUUACAUAUAAAAAUUCUUUCUCAAGGGCAUUUUGGUCAGUGUGUUUCAAACUGGGCUGUGCACUGAUAUGCAGGGGAGAGCAAGUGAGGUAAUUUGUGUUUCUGUCUCUGAAUUAUCACUUAGGAAAAGGGAUGUGUGUGGAUGUACUGUUAAGCAACUGCUGCACUAUCUGUCCCAGGUUUAUUGCAAUAUUUACAAUCCUGUAGUUUUAUUUGUAGCAAAAGCUUGGAUGCUUGCUUUAGACAACAUUAUUUUAGCUGUAUUGUUUAUAAAAUGUAUUACAUGCUUCCUACAGCUUUUGGAUUUAAGCACUUUAAAACAUAUAAAAUCUUUAUUGGAUUUAAGAAAAACAGUAUAUGGAGAACUUUAAUAUUUAAUACUACCAACUAAUUACUAAUCACUGUUCCAAAAUAUAAGAAAAUUACAUUAGAGUAAAAUCUCUGUACAAUACCUAAAUAGCCUCUUCUUUUGAAACUUCAAUCUGAUCCAUGCAUUUAUCAUUUCAACAGCUGUGUGAAAUGUACACUUAGUUCUCUAGGAACACAAUAUACAGUGAAUACUACAAGCCUAGGACCUUCCUUUGCUGUUACUUCUGGUGGGUUACAUGUGUUCAAGCAGUUUCUAAGAAUGAGGUGGUAGAUUUCUAAAGUGGGAGAAUGGACCGUAUCACCAGACUGCAUGUACAGUAAGUAGCAUUCAAUGUUUUUAAUGCUUCUUUGCAUUUAAAAACAAAAACUAACAAACAAGCUUCUUCCUGCAGGUAGAAAACUUAGCAGAGAUUUCCUUUAAAAAUUAUCUGGGGUAACAUUUAAAAAUGACACCUCCUCCAAGUAUUCUGAAAUAGUAUAAUUCCUGUUGCCACCUCAGAAUGCUGUUCUGUUGCAGGUAUAUGCUACACCAGGCUUCCUCAACCUCGGCCCUCCCAAUGUUUUUGGCCUACAACUCCCAUGAUCCCUAGGUAGCAGGACCAGUGGUCAGGGAUGUUGGGAAUUGUAGUCUCAAAACAUCUGGAGGGCCAAGGUUGAGGAAGCUGCAUCUGUUACAAUUGAAAGUUAUCCAUUUCUGAACCUUAAGAAAGAUGCUAUGUGCAGACGAAUUAAACUCUAAUGUGAUUAUUAUUUUCUUCAGUACAAUAAAAGUGAUAAUGCAUUAUGAUGAAAGCUGCUUGCUUCUUUUUCUUCUGGCCUGUAUAAACCACUGCGAUACAAUGCUUACAUUGCUCUACCACUUAUUUCUGUCAUUCACAUUUCCAUUUUGCAGAUAGUGACUUUUCCAAAGCUAAACAGUAAUUUACUGGUUGAACAGGUACUUUUUGAACUCAAACGCUGGUCUGUACUAGAGUAUGUUGAAGUCUGAAAUGCUUGUGCCUUUCCUUAUGAAAGCUGCCAUUCUUUUUAGCGGUCCUGAUUUUCUGCAGAUGUCAAUGUAGUCCAUACUUUUGGUGCCUAGGGCACAACAUUGGUUUUUCUCCUGGAGUAACAGGAGAAGCACACACCAUUUAACAUUCAGAAACAUAAAUAUUCUUAAUCAGUUCUGUGGAAAAUUGGGAGGUAUACCUCUUGCAAAUUGAGUUAAUAAUGCAUCUUAGCAUCUUGCUCUCCUUUUAGCCAAGUGCUUUUUGAGCAAUUGUGAUGCUUUGUGGGUAGCUAUAGUGUGAGCUGUGUGUUAUUUUGCAGUAUACUAGUGUGCCCUAUUGGCACAUAGUUUGGUAAUCCCCAAUACUAUAUGCCAGAAUAUAUGUAUGACUAGCUCUCCAGAUAAUGCUGUUUAUAGAUCUACCCCAGUACUGUUGACUCUGACUUGCAACAUCUCUUUAAGGUCUCAGGCAGAGGUCUUUCUCAUCUGAUCCUUUAACUAGAAAUUUUGGUGAUUGAACCUGGAACCUUCUGCAUGCAAAGCAGAUGCACUGCUACUAAAUUAUAGUCCCUUUUAAGACAGUCUUGAUUGCAGCCAGAAUAAGUUAUGCCUUCCGUACAUCAUGGUUGUAGCAGUCUGGGGGUCUCUCUAUCAGUUCUUGCUGGUCUGCUAGAGUUCAGCUGGCAUAACUGGCAGGGCCUUAUCAUGGGGGAGAUACUACACACAUACUGUUUCACUGGAAAUAUUAUUGGCCAACUUGGAAUGAGAGCCUGGUUCUUUGGUAGAAAAUGGAGUAUUUUACCAAAGUAAGCUUUGCUUUUUUGGAAACUAUUACAUUGAUAUUCUAUUGCACUGCUUGGUUUGGUUGAUUAAUGCUGAAAAGAAUCAGUUCCUCAUGUAAGAAUUAUCAUCUUGUGUACCACAAACUCCAUUAAAUUUCUUUAUCAAACUCAA